AUGAGUAUAAAAAGUAAAAUAGAUAUGAGUUUAGAUGAACUCAUAGAAAAGGAAAACAUAAAAGUUAAUUUGAAAUCUUCAAAUGAAAAAAAGACUGUUAAUAAAUUUAUAGAUAAAAAUACUGGUCAGAAGUAUUUACAUAGCAUAAUUAUAUCUAAUGUUAAUAGCAAAAAUUUAGAAUUGUAUAAAAAAGAGUUUAGUAAAUUUGGGAAAAUAUAUAAUAUAUAUCACGACAAUGAUAAAAAAAUUACGUAUGUUAAAUAUGAUAAUAAAAAUUCGUGUGACAAUGCUAUAAGUACUAUGAAUAACAAAACAUUAGACGGGGAUACUAUUACAAUUGUUUUGGGCAAAAAGAUAUUGGAUAAAAAGAAUGGAAAGAAUAUGAAUCAAAAUAAUAUUAUUAAUAAUAAUUUGAAUAAUAAUAAAAUUAUUCCUCCUUUUAAAGUUCCCAUUUAUAAUCCAAAUGCUUUUCCUUAUUAUGUAAAUAAUAACUACUCCCCUUAUAAUAAUAUGCCAUAUCCCAAUACUUAUCAAAAUAAUUUUUUUGAAAAAAAUAUUACACCUUAUAAUAAUAGUAAUAAAAAUAUUUAUGAAACACACAAAAAUAAUACCAUAAUAGUAACAAAUGUUCCUACUUAUUUAAAUGCUGAAGAUAUUUUUUCAGCUUUCCAAGAAACUGGAAAGAUUGUUGAUGUGCAAAUACUUAUGAAUGAAAAAAGAAAAUUAACGGGAAUUGUGAGUAUUGAAUAUGAAAAAAAUGAAGCAGCAUCUGAUGCAGUACGAAUGUAUGAUGGAGGAUUUUUAAAUGAUAACCGAAUUAGAGUAUUUUUAGAUUGCCGUUAA